AUGAAAUUGUGGGGAAUUAACGAUCUCCCAAUGAGUAAACCCCACACCCAAGAACAUCAAGAGUGUCUGCUUGCUACAUUAAAAUUCGAAAAAACAUUUUUCAGAUCAAAUACUCCGUUCAAAGUAGUUCUCUGUGUACACUCACACCCCGUUUUUGUUCCCUUUUUGCAGGUUAAAAUAAAAAAGGAUGACACACGUUCUUUUGCGUUGAAAAGGAUGAAGAAGCACCACAUUGUUCAAACGCGACAACAAGAGCAUGUACUGAACGAACGGAAUAUAAUGUAUGAAAUCGAAUCCGAUUUUAUUGUGAGACUAUGGAAGACCUACAAGGACAAUAAAUAUGUGUACAUGUUGCUGGAGCCAUGUCUGGGUGGCGAGUUGUGGACGCUUUUGCGUGAUCAAUACUUUUUCACGGAGAACACAACACAGUUCUAUGUAGCUUGUGUGAUCGAGGCGCUGGACUAUUUGCACAAACGAAGUAUCAUAUUUCGGGAUCUCAAACCGGAAAAUCUCAUUCUGGACACAACUGGAUAUUGCAAACUGACGGAUUUUGGAUUUUCAAAGAAACUUCCAUCGGCUACGAAAACCUGGACAUUUUGUGGAACACCAGAAUACAUGGCACCAGAAAUCAUUUUGAAUAAAGGACACGACCAAUCUGUGGACUUCUGGUCACUGGGUAUCCUGAUUUAUGAACUACUGACCGGUUUGCCUCCAUUUGAUUCGCCGGAUGCGAUGAGAACAUACAGUCUAAUCCUCAAAGGCAUUGAAGCCAUCGGUUUCCCAGUGAAAAUUUCUCGAAAUGCACAAAACUUAAUCCGAAAGUUGUGUCGUGAUAAUCCAACAGAACGUAUGGGUUACUCCAAAGGAGGCAUUCGGGAAGCCGAACGGCAUGUGUGGUUUGAGGGAUUCGAUUGGGUUGGUCUACAAAAGCGGUCCCUGAAAGCACCACAUCUACGUCCGAAGAAUACAGUGAGUGCAUUCUAUCAGUUUUCUGGAUAUUACUAA